ACCCCUCUCAGAGCACCGCUUGCUCCCGCCCGGGCUGCCUCAGAGUAGGUCUGUCUGUUGGGCCCACCCUCCCCCUUCUCUCCCUCCUCUCCCUCCUCCCUCAUGUUCCUCCCGGGGUGCCGGGCACAGCCUCGGAUUCCUCCCUUCUCGCAGCUCGAGUCAGUUUCCCUGGCGGUGGCAACGGCGGCGCGGGGAGCAUCUCGGCCGCCACCGUGCUUCUCCGGCUGGAGCGGGCAUCCAGCUUGACUGCCCUUCGGCUUUUCCCUGCCACGCCUCGGGGCGCCCUGCGCCCCCUACCCCUGCUCGCUUCUCUCCGAAGCGGGCGCGGAGCCCUGCAGGAUCCCGCCGGCCCUCCACCCAGAUCCCGGGGCUGGCGCUUCCCAGAGCGAGGCGCUCUCUGAGACUCCUGCCCCGCCGACCCUGACCGCCAGGGGGUGCCCCAGGGGCGUAGCUCUGGGAGAGGAGAAAGCAAAGGGGACCAUGCGGUGCCUGCCUCGCCGCCUGGCGCUGCUGAUCUUCGGGGUGCUCUGGAUUAUCGGACUACUGUUGUUCUGGGUAACCAAGAAUAAGUUGGAGGUGCCCGCGGAACCUGAAGUGCAGACCCCCAAGAUUUCAGAGCCUGACUGGGAUGACCAGUGGGACCAGUUUGAUGAGCGGCGGUAUCUGAAUGCCAAAAAGUGGCGCGUUGGCGAUGAUCCCUAUAAGCUGUAUGCUUUCAACCAGCGGGAGAGCGAGCGGAUCUCCAGCAAUCGGGCUGUCCCUGAUACUCGCCAUUUAAGAUGCACCACACUGGUGUACUGCACAGACCUCCCUCCCACCAGCAUCAUCAUCACCUUCCACAACGAGGCCCGCUCCACCCUGCUCAGAACCAUCCGCAGUGUAUUAAACCGCACCCCUAUGAAUCUGAUCAAGGAAAUCAUAUUAGUGGAUGACUUCAGCAAUGACCCUGAUGACUGCAAUCAGCUCAUCAAGUUACCCAAGGUGAAAUGCUUACGCAAUGAAAACCGACAAGGUCUGGUCCGGUCCCGGAUUCGGGGUGCUGAUUUUGCCGAGGGUGCCAUUCUGACUUUCAUGGACAGCCACUGUGAGGUGAACAGGGACUGGCUCCAGCCCCUGCUGCACAGAGUCAAAGAGGAUUACACGCGCGUGGUGUGCCCUGUGAUUGAUAUCAUCAACCUGGACAACUUCAACUACAUCGAGUCGGCCACAGAGCUCAGAGGGGGGUUUGACUGGAGCCUCCACUUUCAAUGGGAGCAGCUCUCCCCAGAGCAGAAGGCUCAGCGCCUGGACCCUGCUGAACCCAUCAGGACUCCAGUCAUAGCUGGAGGGCUCUUCGUGAUGAACAAAUCCUGGUUCGAUUACCUGGGGAAAUAUGACAUGGACAUGGACAUCUGGGGUGGGGAGAACUUUGAAAUCUCCUUCAGAGUGUGGAUGUGUGGGGGCAGCCUCGAGAUUGUCCCCUGCAGCCGAGUGGGCCAUGUCUUCCGGAAGAAGCACCCAUAUGUCUUCCCAGAUGGAAACGCCAACACAUAUAUAAAGAACACCAAGCGGACAGUUGAAGUGUGGAUGGAUGAAUACAAGCAGUACUAUUAUGCUGCCCGGCCGUUCGCCCUGGAGAGGCCGUUUGGAAACAUUGACAGCAGAGUGGACCUAAGGAGCACUCUGCUGUGCCAGAGCUUCAAGUGGUACCUGGAGAAUGUCUACCCAGAACUCAGAAUCCCCAAGGAUUCGUCCAUCCAGAAGGGCAAUAUCCGACAGAGGCAGAAGUGCCUAGAGUCUCAAAAGCAGGAUAACCAAAAGAUCUCCAAUGUCAAGUUAAGCCCCUGUGUCAAGAGCAAAGGCGAGGAUACAAUGUCCCAGAUAUGGGCCUUCACAUACACCCAGCAGAUCAUACAGGAGGAGCUGUGCCUGUCGGUCAUCACCGUUUUCCCUGGCGCCCCGGUGGUUCUUGUCCUUUGCAAGAAUGAAGAUGACAAACAGCAAUGGACCAUGGCUGGCUCCCGCAUCGAGCACGUGGCGUCCCACCUCUGCCUAGACACGGACAUGUUUGGUGAUGGCACUGAGAAUGGCAGGGAAGUCGUUGUCAACCCAUGUGAGAACUCACUUAUGAGCCAGCACUGGGACAUGGUGAGCUCUUGAGGAUCCACGCCAGAACCAGCGGGGGCCAGGGGGUGGCGCUUCUCCUGUUGAAGCAGACUGGAAAUCAGGCUGCGAGCAGCCCGCAACUACUGCAGACGCCCUGGACUGGGAGGUGGAGGCAGAGCCCCCCAGCACAGGAGCGGCUGUCUCAGGGAGGAUGGAGGAAAAGAUGGCAAACCAAGUGGGGCUCAGAGACAGAGCCCACGUGUUCUCAAUGCUAUUAAGUUCCAGCCCUGCUUGGUAUGUAGAGACACAGUUCUAAUGGGAAGUGUUUAUGUUGUUCUUUUUCUUACCAAAGCGGCCAGAGAGAAAAGCCUUCCUUCUCUCUAGGCCAGGACUAGAUGGAGGGGUGAAGAAUGGAGGUUGUUUUCAAAACCAAUAAAGGAACCUUAGAAGUUU